AUGCCCGCUGUCACUCGCGUUGCAGGUUGGAAGUACAAAGAGGGAGUGACUGACGAGCAAAAGCGCACCACCAAGGACGGGCUGAUCAAGAUCUACGCUGACCUUGCUCAUCUAGUGAACCAUGGUCCCAUCGGUGGAAAGAACAUCGCGUCUAUGGGACUCGAGAAAGGUCUUGAUCUAAUCUUCAUUGUCGAGUUCAAGAGUGUUGAAGCCCGGGACGAGUUCAAUCCCCAUCCUAUUCACGAUGCAUACGUAAAAGAGUUACAAGAGGUGGCGGCAGAACUCUUCGUAUAUGACUUUGUGAAGGACGACUAUGGCGUAUGA